AUGCUUGAAGAAAUAUUGCUGAGUGGAGUCGCAGUCAAAGAGAUAGCAUCUCAUUCCAAUAUUACCUUAAUAGGAAACUAGGUUGAAGAGCAUUAUAAAUGCACGGACUCAUCAAUUACUUAAUUAAUAGAAGAUAUGAUUUAUGUUGUGUAUGUUUAAUUGUGUAUAUAACAAUAGAAAGGUUACGAAUGGGUAGACUGUAUCGAUUCAUAAAUAUGAAAUGAAAGACUUAUUUUGUAAGUAAAUAUCACUGACAAGUGAGUACCUUAAUUUUUCUCAUUUAAUUACUUAAAAUGGAUGUGUUAUAAUGAAGGAUAAUGAUACGCCCUAUUUAUUGGUAGUGACACAAACAGGAUAAAUAUUUUAUAAGAAUUUAAUUACUAAUGCUUCUAGCAUAAUUAAGAAUUUGAUGGUGGAUAAUCAAAGAAUUGUGUGUCUGGCUAAAUCACUAACCAACAGUGGUAAUUAACUCAAAAUUUAUGCGUUGAGCGAAACUGAUUAAUUAAAUUCUAUAACAAUAGAUGUGCGCAAAAAUGAAAUUCUGAAAAGCAAAUAUCAACUAAGUUUUGGUACCAAAUUUUUAAGUAAAUUUUUUGGGAAUCAAACUAAUGAUUGGAAGACUGCAUAUUAAAUUAAUGAUAAACAAAUAAUCUACUACUCCUUUUAAACUUAAUUUCAUUUGUUGGAAAUUAAAGGAACCGAUAUACCAUCCAGAUAAUUACAGGUUGAGGACAAUGUCAAAGUCAAAUAAAUAGAAGUGUUCUAACAUAAACCAAAUGGAUAAACUACCUUAUGUUAUCUACAUUAAAAUCAGUUGAAAAUAUAUUCACUAAUUGGAAAUUAAUUACGAAUAAAUUGUGUCAUUUCUCAAUUGGAAUUCUUAUAAAACAUAACAUUCAGCAUCAGUAGUAUUUCCAAUACUAUAAUUUUGAUCUAAGGAUGCGAAAUCUAUUAAUUAGUGAUUGAAAGCAACUCAUUUGAAUUGAUUAACUCAAAUAAAAAUCCAAUUUUAGGUUUUAUCAACCAAGAUGAUUAAUUGUUGUUGUUCUAUAGAAACCAUAUUUCCUUUAUUAAUUAGCUUUAAGAUCAGAUUAGUAAGAGAUAAUAUCAGUUAAGACAAGAAAUCACAAAGUUCAAAAAGGAUGUGGAGAAUCAAUAUAAAUUAAAGGAUGAAGAGCUGAUCCUUCAAUCAAUCUCGAUUGAUUCCUUUGUGGAGAAUAAACUUGAUCAAUUUCAAACCCUCAUCAAGUUUAUGCAUCGAAAUUUAGACCAACGAAGGAUUAUCCAAUUGAUGAAAUAACAAUGUAAUAACUUUUGCAUCGAAGACUUUAUGAAUGAAGUAAUGGAUGAGUUGGAAGACAUUUACUAUUAUUUGAAACCAACCAUUCAAAUGCUAGACUUGGAUUUCAAUCAAACCUACAACCUAUUGAGUUAACAGCUAAUGUGUUUGGAUCAAUUCUUGAUGCAUGUCUUUUACGAUGAACUCUAAAACAUCUAAGAGCCUCGGUAAGAACAAUCAGUAAAAUUUUCGUUGCUGAGAUGCUUAGUAAUCAAUCAACUCAAAGACUAUUACCUCAUGUAUUUGGAAAUCUACAUUGGUCUGGCUGUCCUCGCCAAUAUAUCCAACUUUCAAUUAGAUCUCCAAAAUGAUCAUAAGUUAUUUUAUGAUACCAUGCUUCUCUUAACUUUAUUAUAGGAUAAGGGCUAUGUAUCCUUCUAAGAUCUAAUUAGGAAAAUAUUCUAAUAAGUAUCCUAUGAGGUUUCUUUGCAGAAAUUAAGUGCCAUUCAAAAUGUUGUCUAUAAAUUUAUUAACUUAAUCUACAAGGAGGUGUACAGGGACUUUGCAAUCCCAGAGGAGUUAUUAUGUGAGGCUUUCGUAGAUAAUUAGAAAAGAUCUUUGAUACAAUAAAAUAAUGCAAAAGAAAUUAUUAGGCAUUUCAAAAUAAGUGAGUAGAUUGGAUUAUAAACACAUAAGAUUACUGAAUUUAUAAAUGAAAACGAGGAUCAAUAUCAAGAAUUAAAAUUGAGAAUCUCGUUUUAUCUGCUAUAACAACAGGACUCUUACGGAGGAGAUGAAUGGGAGAUGAUAUUAAAGAAAUUGAUAAGUUUUGCUAUUAAAUAAGAGCAAUAUCAACUUUUGUUUUAAGUUUUGAACAUGAAUGAGACAAAACAAAUAAAUGAGUAAUUGUCGUUAAUGAUUGAGAGCAAUCAGUUAUUUAAAUGCCAACUAAGUAAGUUAUAUUGCAAAAUAUGAUAGAUGCAAGAACGACUGAUCAAAUCGCAGAAUUGUUACUUCAAUACUCUCGUGAGAAAUGUCUAAACUUGAAUAAAGGAGAGAAGAUACUUCAAUACUUCAGUUUUCUAAUGAGACAAGAAUCCAAAAUCAAGGUAUUGAAUAUUUGAAUAUGUAACAGGCUUUUACUUUGUUGUUCGAGUAUAUUGUGAAUUUGGAAAUGUUGUUAUUCACUUUAAAGUUCAAGAGCGUGAAUCGUGGAGUGAAGAUGCAAUUGGAUUACAUCAAGAUAUUGUUGAAUCAGAUGGAAUUACAGAGCAGGUAAGACAAUUUACCUUAUUCAAAAUAAUUAAUUUGCAAGUUGAGUGAUUAGAAUUAUGAGCAAUUUAAGAAUCCAAGCACUAUUAAUGAUAAAUCUGAGAUUGAUUUUGCAUCGCCAAGAAAUAUCAGAAUAGUAAACUAAGAGCAGCUAAUAAAAUUUAAGAAAUACAAGGAGAUUUAGCAUUAUGUGUGUAGCCAUUACACUCCUUAUGCCUAACUCAAUAAGGUUGUAGAAUAAUUGAUAUUCAAAAAAGAUCUGGAUUAAUUGAUCAAUGUCUUUGAAUUGAGUUUAGAUCCCAACUUCGAGAAGAAUAUAGUGUUUUUCUAUUUUAGUAAUGAGGAAUAGAGACUAGAGUUGCUCAAUAAGGUGAAACCAUUUCUGAGUCAAAAGGAGUUUUCAAUAAUUCUGGCGUAGAUUUGUGUGGUCUGCAAUUUGAAUUUCGAAAAGUGCAAGGAAUUGUUUAAGAUGGCCUAGUGUCAAGAAUACUUUUUACAAUAUCUGAUUAAUGUUAACAAGGAAGCCAUCGCCUAUAUGAUAGUCUGA